AUGUCCGGCGCGGAGGAGGCCGGCGGGGGCGGGCCGGCCGCAGGGCCCGCCGGCGCCGUGCCGGCUGGGGCCGGGGUCGGGGCCGGGCCGGGGGCGGCCGCGGGGCCGGCGGCGGUAGCGGCGCUGGGCGAGGCGGCGGGGCCCGGGCUCCCGGACGAGGCGGGCCUGGCCGGCGCCCGGCAGCUGCAGGAGGCGGCCGGCGACCCAGACGCGCCGCCCAAGAAGCGGCUGCGGGCGGCCGAGGCAGCCGAGGCGGCGGCGGCGGCGGCGGCGGCGGGCAGCGGGAAGCUGGAGGAGCGGCUCUACUCGGUGCUGUGCUGCACCGUCUGCCUGGACCUGCCUAAGGCCUCCGUGUACCAGUGUACUAACGGUCACUUGAUGUGCGCUGGCUGUUUUAUCCACCUACUAGCAGAUGCCCGGCUGAAGGAGGAGCAGGCCACAUGCCCUAACUGUCGUUGUGAGAUCAGUAAGAGCCUCUGCUGCCGCAACCUGGCUGUGGAGAAAGCCGUGAGCGAGCUGCCCUCCGAGUGUGGCUUCUGCCUGCGCCAGUUUCCCCGCUCCCUCCUGGAGAGGCACCAGAAAGAGGAGUGUCAGGACAGGGUGACCCAGUGCAAAUAUAAGCGCAUCGGCUGCCCGUGGCAUGGCCCCUUCCACGAGCUGACGGUGCAUGAGGCUGCAUGUGCCCACCCAACCAAGACGGGCAAUGAGCUGAUGGAGAUCCUAGACGAGAUGGACCAGAGCCACCGCAAGGAGAUGCAGCUCUACAACAGCAUCUUUAGCCUGCUCAGCUUUGAGAAGAUCGGUUACACAGAGGUCCAGUUUCGGCCGUACCGCACGGAUGACUUCAUCACGCGCCUGUACUACGAGACGCCAAGGUUCACGGUGCUGAACCAGACGUGGGUCCUGAAGGCGCGCGUGAACGACUCAGAGCGUAACCCCAACCUGUCGUGCAAGCGCACACUCUCCUUCCAGCUUCUCCUCAAGAGCAAGGUCACGGCGCCCCUGGAGUGCUCCUUCCUGCUGCUCAAGGGUCCCUAUGACGAUGUGAAGAUCAGCCCGGUCAUCUACCACUUCGUCUUCACCAACGAGAGCAACGAGACGGACUACGUGCCCCUGCCCAUCGUCGACUCCGUGGAGUGCAACAAGCUGCUGGCCGCCAAGAACAUCAACCUGCGGCUCUUCCUGUUCCAGAUACAGAAGUAGGCGGCUCCGCUGUGCUGCCCACGCCUGCCCAGCGGUGGCUUCACCAUGCUGUCUGACCUUUGAGCAACGGAGGGGAAGGAAUGAAUGCGAACAUUGGAAAGUCUGCAUGCGUGUGCGAAGGUGUGAGUGCUCACGCCUCGCGCUCUGCCCCGCCUCCCCUGUCCCAGGCACCGGAGGCUGGGCCACCUGCAGAGGAAACGGUGGCUCAGGGACACCAUGGGGCUAAGCCCAGUGGCCACACCCUGGCCCCCAGUGGCGCAGUGAGGCACACCGUCUGCUCUGGGCCGUGCCCGGCCCCUGGGCCGGGCUCGGGGAGCACGCUGACUUCAGACGGCAUAUUUGAUUGCAAUUAAAAAGGCACCCUUGUUUCCUA